AAAAGUAUUUUCACAGUGAAACUUCUGAUGUCUACAUGUUCAACAUUUUGGGGCAGUUUUUCAAAAUGUUUUGGUGGGAAAAAAAUGUUUCUUCAAAACAUAAAAAAAAUCAACCAAAAUCCAGCAAAUAUCAUGUUAUUUAUUUUUUCUCAGACAAGGAAACAAUAUUUUUGGUGCCAUCAAUGAGGACAACAGGGGGGUUAAAGCCAGAGGAAAUAAUCUGACAACCAGCAGCUGUGGACAGAAAACAGGACUGUGAAGGAGGUGUAAAAAUUAGGGGUGAAGUAAAAACUCGAAAUAAAACGCGAAGGGGCACCGCGCACCACUGACUCUGAUGAUGUUUGACCCUCCUCACCUGCCGUAGCAAAACACUCGCUUCAAAACGGAGGAAGAUGAGGUUGAGGGAUUAGCUGAUGCUCCUUCGUCAAAUAAAUCGGUUGUGUGGACUUAUUUUGGGUUCCUAUUUAAACGACGAAAGAACGCACCACUCCUGAACUUCCUUUUUGGAGCCAUGAUGCCAUCUCUAGUGCUACUGCUUUUCCAUCUGUGGCUUCUCCAGACCAGUGUAAUCGAUCAAGUUUGAAACGGUGCCGUGGUGUCACAGUAGCCUAACUUAUGCACGAAGCGUGGAGUCACCAACUGACUGCUGGUUUAUUUUUUCUUUCCUGUAUUUUUCCAGUAUAGUUUUCUAAUAAGCCAGUUUAAAUUGAUAUGUUACCAUGAUGAUUUAUGUUUUUUUGGAAUAAAGACAGGGACAAAAUGCGAAUCACACACUUAUUGUGGUGUGGCCCCCUCUAGUGGAUGUGGCUAUAAACAGCGGCAUAGAGUGUUUAUGCCAGCAGCCGGCCCUGACUGUUGCUAUCACAACCAUUAAUACCACACUGGAUCCUAUAAAAUACCGUUUGAUCAGUGAGAAAGCCAAGAAAGAGAUUGGGAAAGCUAUGAAGAAAGGGAGACAAUUUAGCUUGACUGCAAAUCCAGUGUAAAACUUAUUAUCAGGGAUGUAAUUUAAGACGAGAUUAUACAUUAUAGUGCUGCCUUUAUUUAGUGUUUUAAUGUUCAAAUAGAUAUGUUAUUGGAAGAAUUGGCAUGAACAUGUCCACUGGUCGGUUCUGUAAAUGGUUCAUUUUUAAAAGGAUUUUACCGUUUUCUUUUACAGUAUUACAUUCUAGGAAAGGUAAACACUUAAUUCUUAAUAUAAUAGUCACUUGCUGAGUCACGGUUGAAGUUUAUCAUUAUUUUUGUGGAAUCAUCUCAUCUGUUACUUACAUUUAAACUACUUUAAACAAUCCUUACUACUACUGUUGGUGAUGGACAUGUGUUUUAAAGACAGGCCUAAAAAACAUAUAUUGCCAUCCUGUAACGGCACACAGGCUAAGCCAGCCAAAACUUCAUAACUGUACUAUGGAGACACUUAGUUAAACAGUCUGUGUUCUUCUAUCAGACCAUUAUCAGCAUCUCCUUUACCUGACCUCAUGUCUGUGUUGCCACAUCAACCAUAAAACUGCACAGUCUCAUUUAAACUUGGUGCUCUAAUUCAAUCUGCCUCGUGAUCCUCUAACGGUAGUUUGUUCUGUCGUGGCCUGUCACCCAGUAAAUCAAAUACGGUAGUCCGGGACAACAAAGAGGCAGCUGCUGAUCUUUCCUGUUCCUUUAAGCAAACUGAUUGUUGCAGGAGAAGAAACGAGAACUGAAUAAAUGAACUCUGCGUUGGUUUUGGAUUUUCUUUUAUUAGCAACGAAUUUCAUGGACAGGGUUUGGAGAUACAACUGAGCAAAGGGUAUGAACGCCACAUCAGCAAUGGAGAACUUAACCCUGUCCAUCAACUAUUCAGAAUGUUACUUGACUGACAACGUAUCCAGGCGGAGGCCAUUUUUCAUCUUCUACGGGGCUGUCAUCAUAACUGCCAUCCCGUCCAACGCCUUCUUCCUGUAUGUGUCCUGGCAGCACAUCAGACAGAAGAACGAGCUUGGUGUGUACAUGUUCAACCUGGCGCUGAGCGACCUGACCUUCACCAUUGGACUUUCUCUGUGGCUGGACUUCCUGUGGCGAGGAGUUUGGACAUUUGGAGGCAACGUUUGUGUGUUGUCUGUAUUUGCUCUCUUCACCAAUUUCUACACUACCGAGGCUCUCCUCUGCUGCAUUGCUGUUGACCGCUACCUGGCAGUGGUUCACCCGUUAAAGUACACUUCCCUGAGGAAAGUUGCAACUGCUGCAGGGGUCACUGUUGCCAUAUGGGUGUUGGUGGCCUGUUUCAACGCCACCACCAUCACCUUGGAAGACUCGUACCAUGAAAGCAACGCAUUUGCAAUGUGCUUUGAUGUCUUCAUGCCACUGUCAGAGCAUCAUUCUCGUGCCAAUAUUGUGCGUUUCUUCUUAGGGUUUGUAAUUCCUGUUUUGCUGGUGUGUUUUUCCACUUGGGGGAUUUGUGUGGAGGUGAAAUCCAACCAGGCCACAGAGGAGCAGGAACGCAAACGGAUUACAAAACUUUUGAGAAUAGUUCUGCUCUGCCUUGUGUUUUGUUUUGGACCAAUCCAUAUCAUGAUGCUUCUCCGUGCACUGGUGGAGGACUGCACAAGUUUUGCAUGGGUCUUCUAUCUCUACAAGAUCAGCACUGCUAUCUCAAGUCUCAAUACCCUUGCGGAUCCGCUCCUCUACUGCUUCAUUACUAGAACAGGGCGGGCGAAUGUCAGUCAAGUUGUUCUCUUUUUCCGAAGAAAGAAAUGAAGCAAAGUUGAAGAUAUAGCAGUUUAAGCACAACAUAAAAUAACUGCCUCAAUUUUGCUUUACAUUUAGACAUUUACCAUAAAAAUAAAUACAAAUCCAGUGUUGUGACAAAGUUGGAAGGAUAAAAAUGGAAGGAUGAAGCUGCUGGUGUUUCACAUUAUUUUUAUUUUUAUUGCAUUUAAAGACACCAACAGAGCAUUCAUUUUGUUGUUUUGUAAUACUUUGUUUGUGGUGCUCUGCCCCAAAACUACCUGUUAUUUUUAUUUUAGAAAAUGUUAUUCAACUGGUGUGAGGUCAAUGACGUUGUGGGGGACGACUUUCAGUGGAUUAAUACAUAGAGUUCUUUAGUGAGCUUACACAGCAGCAAGACAACAUGCAGCUUACUCAAGAUAAACAACAACAGUCUUGUUCCUGGCUAAGACACACAUUACCCACUGCAACAGAGAGACUCGUGUACAUUUGGACAGGAUGGUUAGUUUAUGUCAUAGAAAAUAAAGAAUGAAAGGCUGCAGGGGCAAGAAUCAGUUCAUUGUUAGUUGUGGUCUCGUCAUAAGAACUGUAUGAAUACAGAAUAUAAUCCGUUUUAUCAUCUGCAUCGGCAUUUAGUAUUGAAAACUGUUACAGAGAGGUGAACUGAUUUCAGCUUUCGUAUUAUUAGAUAUAUCACAAAAGUCACAGUCACAGCAAUGUAAAAUAAACACAAAGCAAGGAAGGUCAGACAGGCAAAUAUAUUAUACAGUGUGUAUAUAUAUAUAUAUAUAUAUAUAUAUAUCAACACAAGAGUCCAUAUAUCAGCAUUUGCAACUAACUUAAAGCUCAGCCAAUCUCUAUGGCAGCUCACUGCCAGUCUACAAUAUUUUCAUUGUCCCCUCUGCAACUGACAGUUUGAUUUACAGGUCCAUCUCUGGUCUGUUGUUGUGGUUCUUCAUUAAAAUCAGCAUAUGGCCUUUAUGAGCGGUGUGUCAUAGAGAACAGCUGUUCCAAGCUGGACUGUUUGUUCUGUUAAAACUUCAAACAGAUCCAAAGAAAAUAAAUAGAUCUUUAUGCCUCUUGAAACCUUUUAACCGAAAAAGAAAAGUGUGAUUAGAAGAAGAAUGGUUGUCUUUAAACAAACUGUGUGACUUUUAUCACUCGACAGUGUGACAACAUUUGACUGGUUUCACUUCAGCUUUUUUUUUUUUUUUAAAUUUGUCAUGCCAUUUGUACUUUCAGUAAGAGAAGUGAGGAUCAGGUGCCAUAUGAAGAAUGUAUUUGUACUUCACAAAUUAAGUGAUGUUCUCCAUCGUUGUUUAACAAAACAUUACAUAUGUUUUGGACGAUUAAGAAAAAGAUUCACAAUUUAGUAUCCUAACACUGCCAGUUAAAAUGCUAGAGCUUUGCAAAAAGAAAGAACUAAAGAAUCAUCUGACUAAUAUGAUUUAAUUUUAGCUUAAUUUCUUAAUUUUUGAGGCAAAAUCAAACACCUGCAGAAGAGCUUUUUGGUUGAGAUUGUGAUGAAUGCUUCAUGAAGAGUUUUUAUUUUGAAGAUGGCAGACAAUAGCAUGUAGCUAACAUUUUUAAAAUAUCAUACAAAAUAUAAUACAGUACUUAUAGGUAUAUACAUCUAAGAUUGUGUUUUUUUAAAUUGUUGUUCUAAGGUGGGAAACAAGUCUUAACAUCAACAGUGCUGUAUGGAGCUCUCUGGUGGACAGUUGAAGAAAUGCAUGUUCUAUACUACAUAUUGCACAUAUAAAUCUUUUAAAUAAAUAAAUAAAUAAAAAUUUUAAAAAAUC